GUCUUCUAAACGCAAGAUAAUUCCUUAUUGAUGGACAACCAUUGUAGGCGUCUUGAAACAUGAAACCAGUUUCUUAUUGUUGGCGGUGAAGGUAUUGUCUCUUCACACAAUAGAGGCGAAACAGUCACAAUGGCCCCACAUGUUCACCAUCACUACUAUUCAGUCUCCCACAACAAUACAGCAUCGAUUCGUCCUCAGACUGCGCAGUUCUAUAAAGCAGCCUUCCUGUCUCGAUAUCUACCAGACUUUCCUUACGCUGGACGAAACAACCUUACUCACACGCAACCAACGGCACUCGAACUGGACUUACACACACACAUAUCAAAUCAUCCUCCCGGCCAUUUUUUCGCCUACAAAGCUUUCUUCUUUUCUUCCAUAUCAACAUACACCAAAGAUCAUGGCUGGCUCCAGAUCCAUCAACGCGCUGGCCGCUACCACCACCAGACUGCCUUCGAACACCCCAGAGUACGGGGAUAUCGGCGAAGAUGAGAUCAUUGAAUCCAUCGAAACACCUCCAACCCGACCUUCAGAGGACGAAAGGUCCUCUCCCUCAAUCACUCCACCAUCGAGGGGCCCCGUUUGGUCGAUCGAAAGCAACGAAGAAGAGGUCCGCCACAAAGUGGCCUCUGAACUCACAAUCAUUGCCCACGUGGCCCUCCAAGAGGUUGAACAAGAGGUGGCCACCCGGGACGUUCCCACAAACAAUGAAGGCCUCGUUCAACUUUCGCUCCCAGUCAUCAAAAUCAUCCAACAGCAUUCUGGAGAGCCUCUCAUCUCUUUCCAAGCACAAGUUCUGGUGCACAAAAUCAUCAAGAAGAGGCACCAAAUCCUAGCGAACAUGGACGUCGCUUUCACGUUCAACGGCACGGCCGAGGAGCUCCGUGCAGAAGAUGGUGCCUUGAUGGCACUAUGCGAUGGUUUGAUCAUGGAGGUGAUGGUCAGCUCGCUGGAGUCCAGCGAGAACGCGGAAGGGAUUGCAUCCGAGCUGGUCUUGGAUUUGUUCGGCUUUUGA